AUGGGAAAGGCAAGUAAAUGGAUUAGAAACCUUCUUCUAGGGAAAAAAGAAGAGAACUUCAAGCAGAUUGAUACUUUCUGCUCGGAGAAAAAGACCGCAAACGCGGUUAAAAGUAGUAGCAGUAGUAAUAAAAUGGUAGUGAAGCGAAAAUGGAGCUUUCGAAAACUAACAGGUGGAAGAUCAACAGGAAGGAUAGUAGCGCAUAAAGUUUCCAAGUCUUUUGACUCGAUUGAUUCUCCGAAAUUGCAAAUUCAAGCUUUGAUGUUCCAAACUCAGACUCCAAGAACAGCUGCUGAGUUUGUAAAAAGAGCUGCUACAAGGAUUCAAGCUUCCUUUCGCUCCUAUUUGGCAAGGAGAGCACUGCAUGCUUUAAGAGGAUUGGUGAAGUUACAAGCACUAGUGAGAGGUCAUCUUGUAAGGAAACAAACAACUGCAACACUGCGAGGGAUGCACGCAUUGAUGUCUAUUCAAGUUAGAGCUCGAAUCAAAAGGAUUAAGAUGGCAGAAGAAGAAAAUCCACUCGAAAUACAACCUCCCCAACAUACAGAAAUUCCUGAUUUCAAACCUCACAAGACACAACAAAGACAAAAUCAAGAUUCGAAGAAUAUGAGUGUGGAAGAAAUGUUGGGAGUAAUGAGGAGUAGAAGUGGCCCUUUAGAUGUAAAAAGCAGAAAGUAUGAUUCAAUGGCAUAUUAUUCAAAUCAUUUGAAGAAAGAGAAUAAUCAUAAUAAUACUACAAAAAUCAUCACAGAACCAAGCAGUCCAGAAAAAUACUUCAAAGAAAUGAUCGAUUAUUUGAAGCCGACAACAUCUCAGCGUGACAUGGUACCUCCUAGACAAUCAUGGUCAUCGCCGAAUUACAUGAACAAGACAGAAUCGUCAAAGGCGAAAACAAGGUCUAGUAGUGAACCAAGACAAAGACCAAAACUAGGAACAAAGCAAAAAAGUAGUAAGAGUGUUGAAGGUGGUUUGUUGAAGCAAAAUAUGUUGUCACAUUCAGCAAGGUAUGAUCAUUGGGUUGUUAAUUCAAUGAAGGAGAGUAAACGUGAUUCUUUUGAUAGCUGCAGGGUUACUACUAGUGAUGAUUCCUACUACAUGUGA